UAUCCUAUACAAGGUCAAACAUGAGGCUCUGCGCUCCUCUCCUGCUCUGCCUGGCAGUAGCACUGUCCUCUGCUUUUGUGAUUUCACCUCCGCACAUGUGGACCAAACUGAUCUUGACCCACCACUGGCCGACCACCUUCUGUAGUAUGGAACACUGUCAUCCCAACAUUAGCUACUGGACACUGCAUGGACUCUGGCCAGAUAAAGGGAUUGACUGCAAUUCAUCGUGGCAUUUCAACUCUUCUCAAAUAGAGGAUCUGCUUCCAGACAUGAAGAAGAGUUGGCCUGACUUGCUUAACCCCUCGUCUGCUGGAUUCUGGAAGUAUGAGUGGCACAAACAUGGCACAUGUGCAGCCAAAGCAGAUUCUCUGAAUAGUCAGCAUAAAUACUUUGGCAAGGCACUGGAACUAUACCAUAAAGUGGAUUUGGACAGCAUCCUGAAGAAGUUUGACAUCAUCCCUUCAGAAAAAUACUACACAUUUUCACAAAUUGAAGGCGUCAUUGAGAACUUCUACGGCAUCAAACCUAAGAUUCAGUGUGUCCAUCCGUCAAAGAAUGCCGACUUCCAGAUUUUGGGGCAGAUUGAGAUCUGUUUCAACACUGACUUCACUCUCCUGGACUGUGAGACACGGUUUAGCAUGGAAACAGUGUCUAAGAGAGAUUGGGACAAGCCGAUGGCUGUUGACAAGGCAUCUGGGUUCAGUGUGUGUGACCAUGAUUUGCCCGUUUACUACCCUCCACCUAAAACACAUACAAACUGAAAUGGAAAACGCACUAAAACCCUACUUUUACAUACACUCAAAGACAAAAUCUUUGUUUACCAGUCAACUGUACUGUAAUUUAGCAUGCACAUACACACACUGACUAGCUAUGUUGUUGUUUUUUUCUUCACAAUGAACAUCAUACCUUUUUUAAUGGUAAUUUUUGUCAAAUAUAGCCUAUUCAUAUCAGUGCAGUCGGAAAACCUUUUUUAACUGCAUCAAAAUUCUGGCUGUGACAGGUACUUGAAAAAAUCACCUUUAAGUGCAUUAUUCUUUUUAUAUCCUAUAAAAGCCAUGGCACACACACACACACACACACACACACACACACACAGACUCCACUACUACUUAGGGCUUUAAUGGUAUUAUGUCCCUUCCUGACCUUUACUAGUAGAUGAAUCCGAUCCACAGCUCAACAGGAGGCAUUAUGGUGAGUUCAGGUCAGGCAGGCGGGUAGUUUAAUGUGCCUGAAUCUUAUCGGCACAUGAGUGGAGCCUUUUGUCAAAUUCGCAGGCGAGUCUUCCAUGUUGAUUGUGAAGAUGUCGAACCCUAGUGUGUACGAUCUCAUUCCGCUAACCAUAUUUUACACCACAUUUUUCCACAUAUUUUGCAGGGGUGAUUGUGUUUAGUUAUCAAAUAAAUGCUUUUGCCACUUUUCUGAUAAGUAAUUAAUCCAGCAUAUCAAGACAGCAGCUAUUCUUUAUGAUUAAAUCACUACAGAAAUAAUAUUGGCUAACAUGCAUAUGUUUGAGCGCUUUUGGGGCAAGGGCCAUCAUUUUAGCCCAACACUGCUGCUUUGCAACAUCAUAAUUUUUCACAUGUUAUAAACUAGUGGUAGUAAUGAUUAGUAACCUGAUGUCUUGUGAAGUAAUAAUCCACUGUUCAGUGUUGUGCUGCACGCCUGGUUAGGUCUGUGUCUGUGUUGCUGAAAGAGGGCCAUUUGUCACCUCUGUGAGCUUAAAGCCAAUAGUUUAUACAUUAUGUAUAGACCAGAAAGUAAAUAUAGUGUAUGGUGUAUAAAGUAAAUGGUAUAGUCUUUUCUGCAUAUUUCAUUUUUAGUAGAUAGGAGUUCAAAAGCUCGAGACACACCCCAAACACAAUACUUUACACAAGAUGUCAACUUCAUUAUGCAUAAUCUUUGCCUGUACAGAUAAAAUGCUUGUUUCUCAAGGAUGUAGCACAUAUUUUGGUAAACACUAUUUUACCCCCAUUGAUUUCUACAAUGAUUUGUUUUUAUUGAUGCUGUUUGGAAUUUUUGCCAUAGACAAAUCAAGGCAGUUUAAGCUGAAAUGUUAGUGAUUCUUGUAAUUACAGCUACAGUGGACAAAUGCUGUGGUAUGAAAUCAACAUUUGUACUGUAAUUAUUUUAAAUGUCAAUAAAAUAUUCAAUGUGUAGUCAA